UUGUAACCACGCAGCGAACUUGAAAGGCGUCCGUUUAGGGCAGAAAGCCUCCCCAAUGAUAGAGCCCGCUAUUCCAUAAAUAGGCCUGUACCUAUGAAUGAUCCACGAUGUCCUCAUUCACAUUACUACAUAGUGACUGCAACCUGAGAGUACAUUGAAUUCAUUGUGAUAUCUUCACCGACCUCUCUCCAGGGAAAUAUAUCUCACUUAUACCAUCUUUUCCAAAUGUUACUCUUGUUGCUCUCACUCUUUACUGGAUUUCUCAUUGCUUGGAGCCCGUCAUAAUUUCCUUUCCACACCUCCUUGGCUUGACACCAAGUUCAAGAUGGAUGUCAUCCCCGUCGGACAGCAGUUUGAGUCCCAUCAUCUCAACGAAAUUUACAACUCAUCAAGAAGCAGGUGCCGCAGUUUGUAUGAGACUGGAUAAAUACGUGCCACGCCAUGGAGCCGAUAACACUGUCCAUUUUAUACGAAUUUUUUUCCGCUACCUAGCUCUGGAUGGCAAGUGCAAUCUCGCCGAGGAUGUCGAUGGAUGCGAGACAGACCAAAAUGUGCGUGAGCUGUGGCAGAAUAUCGAUACUGGUAUCUUGAUCCCAAUGUACUCAGUGGAGAAUCUCCUCGCAGAAAAUGUGGAUCCUGUCUCCCGCAAUGAGCAGUCCGCACUCCGACAGGCUUGCUUAGCUCGCGAUGGAUACCAAUGUGUCAUUUCCAAGACGUACGAUUCCAAACACAGACCGCGGAAAUGCCCAAAUCACGCCCCCCUGCAAGCGUCUCACAUAAUCCCGUUUUCUAUGGGUGAUUACAGCCCUGACAGCGAAGGAGAAGAACUCGAGGUGUCCAGAACGUGGGCAACACUAUAUCGCUACUUCCCUGGGCUGCGAUCUUUCCUGAACUUUCACUCGUCAGACCUUAACUGCGUUGAGAAUGCUAUGAUGCUCUUGGCUCCGUUGCACACCGAAUUCGGCGAAUUCCAUCUCGUAUUUGAAGAGACAGAAACGGCCAAUAAGUACCAGAUCAAGACUUUUGAGAAGUUUGCAGGCGCCUAUUCAUGCCAUGUGCCCAGCACCAGAGUGGUCACUUUCACUUCUCAUGAUACCAGAUAUGCUGUCCCCAACCCACAUCUCCUCGCGGUUCACGCCGCCAUUGGAAACAUUCUAAGCGCGAGCGGUCGUGGAGAACAGAUCGAGAAACUGGUCCGGGAUCUGGGAUCUGGGGGCUUUGAACUCGCUAGCGACGGUUCCACCAAUAUCGCCGAAUUGCUUGCUGUCGGCAAUUUGAUAUUGCGCACGGCCACCCGGCACGAGACUGCCGGCAAAAUUAGGCAGCGUCAGAAGUCGCCCGAGCUCCCUGGUGCCGAAAACAUUAGAAAGAGAGCCAUUUAG